AUGAGUGACGAAGAAAUCAAGUCAUACGGCGACAAAGGCGAGAAGGGCCCUCACCGUGGCACUCUCGGCGAACAUUUCCAUGGUCACCAGCUAGGCACCGAGCCGGAGGUUCAUGAUCUGGUGGUUGGCGACCAGAAUGAUCUCCACAGGGCCCUCAAGGGCAGACACAUGCAGAUGAUUGCUAUUGGCGGUGCAAUCGGUGGUGGUUUGUUCGUUGGUUCAGGAGGUGCCUUCCAGACUGGUGGUCCCGCCUCUGUGUUCAUUGGCUUCUUCGUUGUUGGUGAGUAUUACUUCAUGAUGCAAGCUCUCGCAGAAUUGUCCGUUGUAUACCCCAUCAAUGGUGCUUUUGCAAUGUACAUCUGCCGUUUCGUCGAUCCAUCGUUCGGUUUCGCUUGCGCUUGGGAAUACGCCAUCAGUUGGCUGACCGUCCUUCCCUACGAAAUCUCCGUCGCUGUCAACACUAUUCAUUACUGGAAAGGCUCUGAAAACACCAACGCAGCUGCUUACAUCGUCCCUGUGCUGGUCGCGCUCGUUGUCAUCCAAAUUUUUGGCGUAAAAGGUUACGCUGAGGUUGAAUACGCUCUCAGCGCGAUCAAGAUCAUUGCUUGUGUCGGCUUCAUGAUUCUUGGUAUCAUCAUUGACUGUGGUGGCGUUCCUACCGACCCUAGAGGCUACAUUGGUGGAAGAUACUGGACCGGUUCGCCAGGUGCAUUCCUCAACGGCUUCCAUGGCUUCUGCAGUGUCUUCGUCACGGCAGCCUUCGCUUACACUGGAACCGAAUUGACUGGAUUGGCCGCAGCUGAGACCAUCAACCCCAAGAAAGAGAUCCCCAAGGCCUCGAAGCAGGUUAUCUUCCGUAUCAUCCUCUUCUACUGUGUCAACCUUCUCCUUGUCGGGUUGAUCGUGCCAGCAAACAGCCCUGCGUACAGUGACCCCGGUUCUUCGUCUCGCCACUCACCCUUCGUCAUCGCAAUCCAGCUUGCUGGUAUCAAGGUUCUCCCUUCCAUCUUCAACGCCGUCAUUCUGAUCUCAGUCUUGAGUGUCGCAAACUCCUGUACUUUUGGCUCUACUCGUACAAUCCAGGCUCUGGCUGCCAAUGGUAUGGCUCCUAAGUUUAUGGCCUAUGUUGACAAGAAGGGUCGUCCUCUCAACGUCGUCAUCCUCCAGCUUCUUUUCGGAUGUCUUGCGUUCAUCAACUUGGCGCCAAGCGGCGGUAACAUCUUCAACUGGCUCCUUUCGUUGUCGGGUCUUUCAAUUCUGUUCAUCUAUGGCGGUAUUGGUAUUGCCCAUAUCAGAUUCCGCUCAGCCUGGUAUCACAAUGGUCACAGCCUCGAUGAGCUGCCCUACAAAGCUUCUGCUGGCCUUUGGGGUUCGUACUUCGUCAUUUUCAUUUCCGUCAUCGCUCUCCUGGCCCAAUUCUAUGUCGCCCUCUACCCCGUGGGUGGCCCCAACCUGAACGCUACCGACUGGUUCCAAGACUAUCUUGCUGGCCCCUUGCUUGUCUUCCUCUACCUUGUCUGGAAGGUUUACAGUUGGUUCGUCCAGCCUGCAGACCGUCCGCUCUUCAUCAGAACAAAGGACAUCGACAUUUACAGCGGUAUGAGUGAGGUUGCCCGCGAAGCGAUGGCUGGUGUUCCGGAAGCUCAAGAGAAGAGAACCUUUACGCAAAGUGUCAAGGAAUUCUUGGGUGCUUUCAUCUAA